GGACAGCAAGGUCGUCGGGCUAUCGGUGCUUACCUAAUCAUUGCGAUUGGCCGACGGCUCUCCCGUAAGCCCCGCCUACCAGGUGGCCGUUCGAAAGUGUAGUCGUGUAGUUUGUUGAGACGAAACGACGGGCGCUGCUCUCUCUCUCUCUCUCUCUCUCUCUCCCUCUCUCUCUCUCUCUCUCUCUCUCUCUCUCUCUUCUCUCUCUGUCUCUCUGCCUGUCUGUCUGUCUGUCCGUCUGUCUGUCCGUCUUUCUUUCUUUCCCCAUCUCCCAUACGUCCUAGCCGACUACGAGAAAAUCUUGAAAUGAGUCAUAUCGGUGCGUUAAUAUGUGACGGUUGAAAGGAAAGGAGGAUAAGGGAACGUGCGAGAGGGUGGUUUACGCGUGGCUGUCAACCACUGUCGAAACGUGUGCGAGAAAAUUGGAGAAGGAGAGUCGAACGACGACGACGGCGACGACGGAGGCGCCGGAGAGAGAGACAGAAAGAGAGAGAGAGAGAGAGAGAGAGAGAGAGAGAGCGAGGCCCUAGAGUGGCGGAAGAGAAGAGAAGAAAAACGGGUCCGCGCGGUAAGAAAAGAGGUGUCUUGUAUUAGAGUAUAGAGGAUAGAAAAAGGAGAAAGAAGGAAAGGCAAAGUUUUCAAUCUCCGAAGAAAUAGAAGAAACAAACGAAGACAUUCGUGUAUCGCUAAAAGGCUCGACCGAAGACCCACGGAGACGUACGAAGAGACGACAGAUCGUGCGCGAGAGAGAGAGAGAGAGAGAGAGAGAGAGAGAGAGAGAGGGGGGCACGUCGCGGACAAUACGUCGCGACGACUACGACAACGACGGCGACACGACGACGGCGACGGCGACGACGACGACGACGACGACGACGAGAGAAGAAAAUCAAAGACGCUCGUGUUUUUUUGUCGAUUGUUAUAUCGAGAAAAAAAUCUCUUUUUUUUUUGACGCAGAUCUGGCCAAAAAAAGAAUAACGGAAGGGAAAUUUUUGGAAACGACACGUAUUCAGGGAUAUACGUGUGAGUGUCUCUUUUAUCUCUAUCUUUAUCCGAAAGACGAAAACGAAGGCGAAGCCGUCGUCGAGAGUUCCGGGUGCGGAGAUAGUUUUCUCGCGACCACUACGGAAUCGUUCCGUGCUCUCUCCCUCUCUCUCUCUCUCGUUCUCACGUUCCGUGGCACGGGGUUAAGAAGAGAAGACCGACCGAGCGAACGAGCGAGAGAGAGAGAGAGAGAGAGAGAGGAGUGGCGAGGAGCGGAAUCUGUGUUCGUGCCGACACACAGACGGAGAGAGAAAGAGAGAGGGAGAGAGAGAGAGAGAGAGAGAGAGAGAGAGAGAGAGCGAAGAGGACGUCAGCUGUGUGCGCUUUUACGACAAGGGGGACGUGUGUGGUACCGUGACGGAGAGGGAAAGAGGAGGAGAACCGACGAGAAGGAGAGAAAGAGAGAGAUAGAAGCCACUGCCGAGAGAUAGAGAAAUGGCGGCGCUGGUGGCAGGUGUCCAGUAUGGUUUGUCGUCGCAUAGCAAUUUUCACGAGAACAAAUCGCUCAUCUUCGUGAAGCUCACGGAUUCGGCGCAACGUGCCAUCGAGGAUUUUCUUAGGAAUCGGCAACUGUCGUUCCCAUCCACGCAAUCUAGCCAUGGCUCGGCGGGUUUUACCUUCAGCCUGUCCGGCAAUCAGGACAUCGAGGGUCCUCAGGGUGGCUUCGAGUGCAUUCAGCAAACAGGUCCAACGAGUCUGGAAAGCCUCGGAGCGUUGCCAUGUAAAAUGCGGAUACAGGCGAACGACGAUGUCUACGAGACAACUAGACAUCGAAUGGCAGUGGCAGAAGAAAAUAAUAAGAAUAAAUGCACCAGGGUGAUCAAAGCGAACGGACCGGACAUCGGUCGAAAGGUCAAGGUUAAAAGUACAGGAAGAACGAUACCAACGGCGUCGAGCAAUCCGAGACAUCGGGAACCGUCGUCGGCAUCCUCGUUGUCGUCAUCGUCGUUGUCGUCGUCGUCGUCGUUGUCGUCGUCGUCGUCGUUGUCGUCGUCGAACGUUCCGCCAUCCUCCAUCGGCGGUAAUCAAUCGAGAUUGUCUUCCACCUACAAACCGGCUCCUAGCAGUAAUCCAUCGAUCGUUCGUAAUCAACCGGAGAAAAAGGUCUCCGACAUUAUGCGAAGACCUCUCAAAGAACGGCUGAUACACCUACUUGCUUUGAGACCAUACAAGAAACCCGAGUUGUACGAUCGCAUCAGCAGAGAAGGAAUAAAGGAACGCGAACGCAGUAGCAUGACAACGAUUCUGAAGCAAGUCGCCUUCAUGCGGGACAACACGUAUCAUCUGCAUAGGUACGUUUGGAACGACGUCCAGGAGGAUUGGCCGUAUUACACGGAACAGGAAAAGGCCAUGCUAAAGAGGAGAAAACCUCAGAACCUUACGCCACCCGGAUCCAGCGAUGGUGGUUCUAGCGGUAGCGGACAAUCACCAAAUUCCGUUCAUCCGGGUUCGCCACCGGCAAUAACCGGGCCACCGCCGAAUCUUCUUAACAAGAGACCUGGCUAUUAUCAGGGUAACGACGGUCUACCAACAAAGAAGCCUCGAAUAUCGCAUUAUAAAAAGCCCGAGCCUAGCUCGAACGCAUCCUCGUCUUUGUCUUCCACUUCUUCCAAAGCCGGCGAGAGCGGAAGGACGACAGGUAGUGCUGUUAGUGGUGGUGUCGUUGUCGGUGCCGGUAUUGGUGGGAAUGCCUCUAACGGUAGUGGUGGUAGUGGUAGUACUAGUGUAGGUACUAGCGGUAACGCUGGUUUAUUUGAUGUCUGGGACCAGAGACAGCAACAACAGCAGCAGCAGCAGCAGCAGCAGCAGCAACAGCAGCAACAGCAACAGCAACAGCAACAGCAACCACAACGCGAACGCCGUGCCGAUUAUCGGGCCGAAAGAACAUCGAAUAGUGAAGUGUUACGAGGUAGCGGAAGCUACGUCAACGGCAACAAAACUUGUUCAAUGACGAUAAAUAACAUCGGCGACGCGAGCAAUCAAAGCGACUCCGUUAUCUCGAGCAGCGAGAGCAAUACCAUGAACGUCAACACCGUCAGCCAUAAUUCCCAUAAUAGUCUAACUCAUAAUAAUUCAACGUGCAACAAUCGUAAUCACCACGGUGUUGGUGCCGCCAGUGGUGGUAAUAGUGGUGGUGUUAGUGGUGGUGUUAGUGGUGGUGGUGGUGGUAGUAGUAGUGGUGGUGGUGGUGGUGGUGGUGGUGGUGGUGGUGGUGGUGGUGUUAGUAGUGGAGGAGGAGGAGGAGGAAGCGGCGGCGGGCCUGUUAGCAAAUCGAUCCCAGCCAGUAGUGAAAAUAGCAUUGGUUCGAGUGUAGAUCAUAUUGCGCGCAACGUUGCUAAUUCCACGAGCGGUCCAGGAAACAUCGCUAUGGGUGGAGUUAGUGUUGGUUCUGGUGGUGGUACCAAUAGUACUAGCGGUGGUUACAGUGCUAUACCAAACGGUACGAUCAACGAGCGAAAAGACAGAAGCGAUCGGGUUCGCGGCGAUAGAGAGAGAGAAUCAAGAAAGAGGAAUAGUGCCAGCAACGGCGGCACCUCCCUCUCGACCACGGAUCAUAAUCUCGUCAAUCUUCCUGUCUCCGAGUACAACGAUAAUGCCGAUGAUAACACCGUCACGACGUCCACGUGCAAUGUCGAUUCGCCGGAAAGCCACAAGUUUACCGACUACCCUAGCUACCUCGCAUAUUAUACGACAAUAAGCAGCCUGGAACAGAGACGACGUUAUAAAGCUGAAUUUAACGCGGACUACGAGGAAUAUAAAAGAUUGCACGCUCAAAUGGCGAUGGUCUCGGGACGUUUCAAGCAAUUGGAGGAGCGCCUGAAGGAAGAGGAAGCGAUGGGCAAUAUAGAAGGAUGCAAGGAGGUCAAACGGCAAAUUCUUAUGGAGUAUAACGAAACAAAGCGCGAUCCGAUGCAAAGGGAGACGAAACGUCGCUUCCAUUAUCUGCACGAAAAGUUGAGCCAUAUAAAGAGACUGGUUCUAGAGUACGAUACGCUAAACAGUAGCGGAAGUAUGAUGCUCAUGACGAUGAUGGCCAACCGCAAGAUGGGUGAUACAGGCGAAAUGGAUACUAUACAUUACUGACAUACGAUGAAAAGGCCGGCUUUCUUUGACUACGUCUGUUCUCGGUUGUCGGUACGCUACAGUCGCGACUUGGUCGUUGUCGCAGAAUUUGCAUUUUCUCGGCAAAGUUGCAAGGCUGAACUUCUUAACGGUCCUUAUGGUUCCUGGAUUAAUUAUCGCCGAAAAACUAAACUUAACUGAACUGAAUGGGGGUUGCGCGACUCGAAAACGAAUGCCGCUCGACGAAUCUUCCUGCCCGUACUGCGAGAAUCGAUGGGAGAACGCGUUUCCAAUUUUAUUCUCCAACUUUUCGACUUUCUCCGUUUGCGCAGAGAGCACAUUGCGAUGAGCUAACUGUCGAACUGGCGUUUUAAAUUCGACCAAUGCUAAGCUUCUCGGUUUAUCGCAGAUUAUAUAAAACAUGAAAAGGCUGACGACAAUCGGUACGUUUAAAAGGCAAAGAUGCAAAAUUAAAAAGAAAAAAAAGAGAAAAAAAAGAAAAGAAAGAAAAAAGGAAAAAAAAAAAAAAAGAAAAAAAAGAAAAAAAGAAGUAAUAAAACGAGAGAAAGGGAGAGAAAGAAGUGAUCGACUAAUAUCUCGAAGAGCGGGCGUUGUGCGGUAGCGGUGAGUGGGGACGGCCGAAGAUCUUUCCAAAUGCUCGCGUACGUUGCGAGAUAAGUAAGUACACACAUAUAUGUCGAGUUCAAAGCUCGCACCUCCUCCACGGCCACGACGACGCAACUUGGAAAAGUCAAAGUAUGACGGGGCAACGAAGAGAGUAGACAGUGAGAGAAAGAAAAAAGUAGUUUUAAUUCUAACGAAAAGUUACUUUACCGUGCGCACGCGUCCAAGUGUGUCGUCCAGUUUAAAAGUGUUAGGUAUAGAUUAAAAGAAAAGAAAAAGAAGAAAAAGAAAAAAAAUAUAAAUCUAAAAUCGCGUGAAGAUAGAAGAGAGGGUCCAAGAGGUACUCUUGGGUUGAUCACGUGCCAAGCGUUCUCAAAACUGCAUAUUCUUCACCUUUCUGUCGAAAGGGAAUGAAAGAGACAAAGAAAAAGGAAUAAAGAAAUGGACGAAAAUAAAUGCGCAGGAACAUCGUUUACGAGCUACUAGUGCACGCGGAUCUCCCAGGAUUCAUAUACAUUUAUAUUACGACCGUAUAUGCUCGUACUUUCUUUAGGACAGAUAGGUGAAUAGACGGAGAGAGGAAAAGUGCAAAAGGGGGGAGGCCGGUUGGGUUAGGGAGACAGAGUACGUGGAGGUUAAAAGGAGAGAGAAAGAAAAAGCAUGAGAAUCGUUGAGAUGAUUCGUCGUAGACGAUCGAAUUGUAUCGUGCACAUUACAUAUCGUGCAUAGAAAAAUCAGCAUUUUGCCUUGGACAGAUCGUAGUAUAAUCGAAGCUUAUUGUGAUCGCUUAAAGUUACAGAAUCUAUCUUAUUGUAUAUCUUUUACGAUUAACUCCUGAUACAUAAUGCAUUUUAUCUUAUCGUUAGAUACUAUGCGCGUCCACGAUUUGACCAUUUCUUUCGCGUCCAUAUAUACCUAUAUAUAAAACUUUCUUCGUAUUAUUAUUGUUAAAACGCAUAAAGAUUUCUUCUUACGUUAGAUCUUGUAAGUAAUCCUGUUUUCUUAGAAGUAAUUGUUUCCAACGUUUUUGACUUAGAAGAGAGAUAGUUUGUUGCUUUUUUCUCUACUUUAUGGACCUGUUUUUAUAAUAUUACGACGGGAGAUGCAGCAUAUGUAUAUAUAUACAUGUAUAUACAUACAUACGUACAUGCGCGCGCGCGCACACACACACACACACACACACACUCACACACACACACACACACACAUACACACAUAUAUGUGUGUGUGUGUGUGUGUGUGUGUAUGCAUGUAUGUGAUAGAACCCACGAAUAGCAUGUUAUGCGCGUCACAUAAGCAUGAGCGACAAUCGGUGUAUUGAUUCUCUUUCCCGUUUAAAUCUGAGGUAUUCCCAGCAAGGUAUUUUACCGUUUAUCCCUUGUUUAGGAAAUAAAUUCUUUACAGCUUAUUUUAUUUUGUUACAUUUUUAUAACCUGCGCAUAUGAAAUAUACAAGAAAGAAGAAAAAUCCAAUCCCCUAAACCGUAAGAUUAUAAUUUAUUGAGGAUCCCUUUAUGCGAAAGAAAAUAAUAACGGCCAAAGGUAUGCCUAAAACUAUUAGGACGGGAAAGACGAUUGUUUGUUGUUGCUCGUCGUAUUCUUUGUUCUCGAUAGAGCCAUGUAAAAUCGACCAAACCGUCCUUCCAGAGCUCCAGGGACAAGAAACAGCUUAGUAAAUGUCUAUUAUAUCUAUGACAAUUGGGAACAACUAUUUUCUGCUACGAUGCUUCUGUCUAUACAAAGAAUAGAAAGAGAAAAGGCAGUGAACAUCAUUGGAGAAAAAGAAGCCAUCUGUGCAAGCUCAAUCGCCUUAUCCUCCGCUUCCAAAUGCACUGAUUUUAUUUUGGAAAAAUACAUGCAUACAUACAUGCAUAUAUGUGUGUGUGUGUGUGUGUGUGGGUGUGUAUGUAUGUAUGUAUGUAUGUAUGUAUGUAUGUAUGUAUGUAUGUAUUUUUAUAUAUAUAUAUAUAUAAUUCUCCCUUCUAUUAGUUAUUUGGACCAUUUCCUUCGAACGUUGCCAAGUUAUAACUUUGCAUUGCAUUUUUGUCAUCGCGUCAUUAUUUCCGUCUUCCCUUAUUUAAAGGUUCGACUGACAUUCCCUUUUUUCCAAUCAUCUUCGUUUCUUCUUUUGAUGGAAGUAAAAAGAAGAAUACACUUGUAAUCGUAAAUCUAAGAUUCUCUAUUCUUACGAGAAAAAGUGUUGUGAUAUAGCACCCACUUUUAUCGUAAAAGAUUCACCCAUGAAAAACGAAUUAGCUUUGCUUUAUUUUACAGAAACAAACACACACACACACACACACACACACACAUACACGACACAGAAGCAGAUGCGAAGAAGCAGUACAGAGUCGAACACGACGCUUAUGAUCCUCACACGAUGGAAAUAUGUCCAGUUUAGGAGAGUUACUAAUUUAGGAUAUCAUGUGAAAUGAUAUUUACUCGAUUUAACUUCCAUUCGUAUUAAUUUAAUCCGUAUCUACUUAAUCGUUAAUUUUAUAAUACCAUACGAGAAAGCAAAGAAUUUUAAUUUAACCUUCUAAGCCUGACAACAAAAAUUUUAUAUUAUUUCAGUUGUCUUGUUUGUAUAUCCUGAUUUUUGUUAACGUAUUAUUUGGUAUAUUAAAAAGCAAAGAGAAAUAUUUUUAUUGAUUAGUACUCUAAAGAUUUGUUUCUUAUUAUAACGACGGUUGAGCGUAGUUCGAUAAAGAGGAUAUUGUUGUUUGUACGCGUAAAUACACAAGACUAACUGCCCGAUGAAGAGGAUAACUUAAUGCCAAUAGAGAAUAUCGUAUGGCACAGCGUUGACGAGAACACUUUGUUAACUUUACUUGCAACAAGAAUCAGGAGAAGAAACACGAUAUGAUAUAUACAUAUAUACACACACACACAGACACACACACUCACACACACACACACACACACACACACACAUAUAUAUAUAUAUAUCAUAAACUAUUUUUAUAUAUAAACGUACAUAUUCCCCAGAGAUAUGAAACUAAGAACGUGUGUGUGUUCGUAAUAUAAAAAAUAUAAAAUCUGGAAAAAAGUAAAAAAGAUCAGAACUUUAUAAGUUGUAAUUAAAGGUAAAGGAAUUGGUUAAUAUAUUUCAUUGUUAUAUAUAAAUUGGAUAUUAUUAUAUAUUGCUAUUUGUAGAUAUUUAGGAGUUCUGUUUUUUUUCCUUGCUCUUAACGUGCAUUUAAGAAUGUAAUAAAAAUAAAAUCAAAUAUUAAUUUGUGCGUUUCUUUACUUUUCAACACUCUCCGUUCUUGUUGCGGAAAUUUCGAUUUAAUCGAAACCCUAAUUGUCGUUUUAAAUUCGAUCGCUUGCAUUUCAAAUGUUAAUAAAGAAAUCUCUAUAAUGACCAUUGCUCUAUUAAUUCUUUCUUAUCGUUCACAUGCUGUGUCAUACAUAUCGAAUUUUGUACUAAUUUUGAGGCUCGGGACUGACAUAAGAUCUAUGCGGAUCAACGAGCAAGAUUUUGUAGUUACCAAGUUGUACCAUUCAAUGAUUUCUUUGUAAAUAUUAUUGUAAUUAAUACUUUUAUUCUCUGAAGAUAAUUUCGUUGAUAGAGAUAUACAUACAUACAUACACACAUAUAAAUAAGAUAAUUUUCUCUCUCUCUUUCUCUCUCUCUCUCUCUCUCUCUCUCUCUCUCUCUCUCUUCCCCCUCCUUUCUCUUCUUCUUUCUCUUCUUCCGUACAUGUACAUACACGCGUAUAUUACGUGCCUGCGUAUACCUACGUAUGUAUGUUACGUUGUAUGCGAAUUGUCAGAGAUGAAUAAUAAUUAAUUUAUAAUCUACGAAAGAGAAAAACAGUGCCAAAGGGCAGAUCAUCUUAGAGAAGCAUUCGGUAAAAUAGAAAAUAAUACAAAUUUUGUAUGCGCUAUUUAUGAAAAGAAAAAAUGCACGACCAAUGGACAGAUUAAGGAAUUCUUUUUACGAAUAGCAUUCUAUAACUUUAUCGAAAAAUCAUUAGAUGUAAGAGAAAUAUUGUUUCUUGAAAUUUUGUCUUUUGAUGUUAUUACGAAGAUGGAAUUGCUUUCGGAAAUUUAUUUAACGUUGACAAAAAACAAUGCACUGUUUCUUUCUUGGAGAUGUUUAUUACUUUACGUUCCCUUUGGAUAUUAUUUUCUCUUAUUCUGAUUAGUUCUAUCGAUCUUUCAUAUUUUUCGAUUGAACAAUACAGUAUAUAUGUGCAAUUGCGAAUAUUCGUCGGUUCAUGUUUGUUCGACGAUGGUUUCGCCAAAAGAAACUUAUGCCUUCGAAACGAAUCAAAACGUAUUAUAAGAUUGAAAUAUUUUCAUCAAAUUAUAAAUUUAACCAAUCGCAAUUGAUUUUUCCUUAUUUGAAAAUCAUAUCCUUUCCCUUUCUCUCCCCUCCCCCUCUCUCUCUCUCUCUCUCUCUCUUUCUCUCUCUCUCUCUCUCUCUCUCUCUCUCUCUCUCUCUCUCUCUCUCGUAUAUAUUCAAAAGUUAAAACUACAUACGUGAGAAACAAAAAGAGAGAACAAAUACGUAGCACUUAUUUUAAUCGAUUGUUAAUAAACUCAAAUCAAAAUCUUGACCGAAAACGAUCUGACAUCGUUUAAGAGUAACUCCCGAAUUUUCUGUUUUUCUUUUAUCCUCGGAAACAAUCUCGAUGUUUCCACAAACGUUUGUAUUUUAAAUUCGCGUCGAAAUCAAAAUACCAAAAUAUUCGUCGCUAUAGUGAAAAACAAAAGAAAGAAACGAAGAUGAUUUGCAAAUUCACGUUUUAGUUUUUCUCGCAGAGUGUAUAUGAAGUGUCUUAUAAUAUAAAAAAAGGAAAAAAAAAGAGAAAAAGUAAAAGAAAACAAUACAAUAUUACGAUACGCUAAAUACUGCCUGAAUAGUGUCUCGUUAUCAGCGUUGAAGUAUCGUUGAGUGAUCGUAAUCGCAUAGACUUAAUAUAAACGAAAGUAACAUCGAUGAGAAAACAUACAAAUCCUAUUGGCGUCUCUCUUCCUCUCUCUCUCUCUCUCUCUCCCCCCCUCUCUCUCUCUCGCUCGCUCGCUCGCUCGCUUUUUCUCUUUCUCUCUUUCUUUUCCACCAUUUCCUAUCAAGACGCAUAUACAUUUACGUAAUUUACCCAUUGAAAGGUGAAAAAAUCCAAGUGCCAAUUGUAAUGAAGCGUGAAUAAAUGACUAUAGAUAUUAUAUAUACAUACGUAUACACAUACAUCUCAUGUGCAUUAUUUCAUACGCGAAAGUUAAUGACGCAUCAACAAAGGUUGUAAACGAGGAAGGAAGUUCGAAAGAGAUGACAUUUCUAUGUUGGAUUGGCAUGGUUGAAGCGAUGAUUAGAAGUAAAAAAUGAAUGAAAAAAGCUCGAGCCUCUUUCCUCGAACGGCACAAGUGCCGUAUGAUAAUCGAAAAUAAAAAAUGAACGUAUUGUCUAAAUGAAUUUUUAAAAGAGUUGCGUUAUCGUGUCUUACAAAAGGACUUUGUAUAAAAAGAAUAAAUAUCGCGUAGAUUUUAAAUCAAGUACCAUUAGUUUUAUAGAUAGGCAUUGUCAAUAUUUGUCCUUCUUUUUUCGUUAUUUUACCUAUGUUUCUUCUUUCUCCUUUCGCUGCAUAUUGUUUUGCCUUUAUUCUCUCUCUCUCUCUCUUUUAAUUUCAUCGAUUUAAUCAUCUAAAUUAUCGCUUUUUCUUAUUUCAAAUCCUAUUAAUAUCGCUUGAUUCUACAUCCCUCUCCUUUCAUUUUAUAUCUUUAUAUAUACUUUUAUCUUUCGUCCAAUACGCACACGAUGUUGAACGUUGAUCUAUGCAUGUAUCAAACAUUUGGAGUAAAAAUCAAACGAAACGUUCAACCUUUUUGAAUAUAACAAUAAAAAGAAUUGCUAGCAAAAGAUGGACGACGAUGGAGACUAGAAAAAUAAAUGGAAAACUUUAGUACUUUAAAUCGAGUACGGGACGUCUAAUUGAUGAUUCCCUCUAUUAUUAUUAUUAUUAUUAUUAUUAUUAUUAUCAUUUUUAUUAUUAUUAUUAUUAUUAGCAAUAGUAGUAGCAGUAGAUGUAGUAGUAGCAGUUGGAAUAGCAGUAGCAGUAGUGUAGUAGUAGUAAAUAUAAUCUUCCGUAUCUUCUUUUCUCAAACGACAGGCGUGCUCGUUCCGCUGACGGGUUUUACUUUUUCUAGAAAUGGAAUAUGAGAGAGUGAGAGGGAGAGAGAGAGAGAGAGACAUGCAUGUCCGUUUUUAUAUCGCGCGUAGUACUAUACUUUUUGACUGUGAUGCUAGAGAUUUUGUUAUACAUAAAAAUCGCCCGUGUACAUUUCGUUAAUUUCGUAUGUACAUUUCGUUUGAGAUCGAGUAUGAAUGUGAUGGAACGUUAUAGAUGAAGAAAAAAGAAAUGAAAUUGGGUAGGAGAGAAAGAGCGAUAGAAUAGAAAAAGAGAAGGAAAUUUUAAAACAAUGUUGUUGUCUCUUUCUCUCCAUUACUGAAAUAAUUUUUUGCGAGAUCGCGCAAGAAUAUUGCCUCUAUAUGUUGAUAUCAUUAGGGAUGAUUGAACGUGCUAAAUUCGAAACUCUUCUCUCAAAAUAAUCAUUGGUAGAAGAGAAAGCAAAGAAGGAAGAGAAAAGGAUUCCCCGCGCGUUCUUCGAUCAUCGUAGUCGGAAGAUUAAUCAAGAUUUCUAAUAACGAGUAAAGUUUUUCUUGUUUUAUACUCUACAAAAUGUAUCACGCAUUUCAGCCGGUAGAGCGAUGAUCGAUGUCGCAACGUCAAAACAUCAAGAGCCAUUACGCACUGUCGACCAGUCGCUUGCGAUUUGCUCGACGAAAGACGAAAAAUCAGCCGACCAAAUGAGUCCCCCGUGAAUCCCUCGUGUUUUCGUAAUGGCCGCGAUCAGGUGCUUGCAAGUUCAUAUAUUCUUACGAAUUUAGAAAUUUCUGGCGAUUUAGUCGCUAACGCCUGGUCUAGACUGCGUAACGGCAAAGAGUAGAGUCCAUAAUGUGCUCGCGCGCGCGUGUGAGAGAAAGAGAGAGAGAGAGAGAGAGAGAGAGUAAACGAAGAGAAAAUAAAAGAGAAUCGACGUGGCAGCUAUUAUUAUUACGUAUAUAUAUCAUAAUUGUUAUUUGAAUGUAGGUUAUUAAACAACUAACUAAUAAAGAUAGCGUUGAAAAUGGCUUGGGAAAAGAAUGCAGCAAUGUGACGCAUAAUGACGUUAAGAUGAUAAUGAAGGAAAAGUCAGGUUUGAUUUCGCUAAUCCUCCAUUCUCAUCGUAUAACUUUGGAAUAAUUAGAGCGUUGAAAAUUGAUGAAAGGAUUUUCGUGUAUUUAGGAUUGAUAUAGGGAUCAACUAGAGAGCAAGAAACUCGUUAAAUAUAGCAGCAAUCGGUUUAAAACGAUUAUAAGGUGCGUGUAAAAAUGCUUGCGUUUUGUGUGUUACUACAUUAUUUAUUAUUCACAUUUCUUAAUAACAUGAGAUAUUUCACCAUGAUCAAAAAAUGAUGUCGUCUCUUUGAUCCAAUAGAAUUCUUAUCCUCGUGGCUUAUCCUCGUACGAUAUCUCUUUCACAUAAUCUCUCUCUAUCUACGUAUGUAUUUACACACGUAUGUACAUAUUAGAUACAUACUUUGUGUAGGUGAAAAUAAUAAGUGAAAAGUAAAUAACUUUGAGAUUCUUCGCAUGGAUUAUGAUUCAAUCGGUUGCAUUUCUAUUUGCAAUAGAAAUACGAAAAGAAUAUAUCGCCAGUGACACGAUGUCACGAAAAUCGGUGAUCACAUCUACAUCGAUCUUUUAGCUAAGUUCUUUGACAUGAUGGGUGCUCUCGGGUUGAAUGGAAAUCACAGAUAACGAUAUAAAACACUAUUGUAGAAUUUCUAUUCUAUUUCUGUCGCGACGAACGUUGGACGAAAGAGAACAAAAAUUUUCACGCCUUUCCUUGCGUAUUUCUUUUCUCUAUUCUUUCUUUUUGUUUUCUUUCCUUUUUAUUUUUCUACGGCUGGCGACGACGAUUCAAGUAUUUUUGACGUUACCCUGUAUAAAUAUAUAAACGAUGUACCGGCGAUUCUUUUAUUGCUCACCUCGACAAAGGCUCGUAUAUUCAUUAUAUAGUUGUAUAUUUACAAUUAUUACCUAUAUAUUUACAGUGAAUGUAUACAUAUAUAUAUAUUAUAUUCACUAAUUACAAGUAAUACAAAACAAAAGAGACACGGAUAAAGUGGAAUUAUAUUGUUGGCUAAAUUGAGUCGAACGUUUUCGACUCGUUAGAAAUGUCUUCGGGAAAGAGCGGAAAAGUUCGCCGUAUAGAGUGAACUUACGUUUCUUGGUUUUCUAUCUUUUUCCUCUAUAUUUCUCUCUUACUCUUUCUUACUCUUCUUUCGUAGAACGUAGGGAAGGUGAAAAAACUGAUGCUUUUGGCGUACAAGCACGAUUUUCAUUUCAUCUAUUUUACGCAGAUUUUAUAUGUGUGUUUUAUAUUUUAUAUAUAUAUAUAUAUAUAUAUAUAUAUAUAUAUAUAUAUAUAUGUAUAAUAUGUGGAGAGAGAGAGAGAGAGAGAGAGAGAGAAUGGAGUUCGCAAACGAUCUAUUACAAGUCGUCGAGAAAAGUCGAGCGAAUACGUGCCUACGAAGGAGAGAAAAGAAGAUACGACAUAUGCCUAGAUCAACGUGGUCGAUAUUGUCUCGGCUUCUCAUCUUUUUCCGUUCUUUCUUCGGUCGGUGCCUCGCGUUUGAACUUAUCGCGUGCUUUUAUUUUAUUCGGGAAUCGUGCAUGUUACGUGAGAGUAUCGAAUGAAAAAUCGCAAGAAAAAAGGAGAAGGAAAGAGAGGAGGAGGAGGAGGAGGAGGAGAGAAAUCAGAAACGUGCUGCGAUUACGAUGAGUCGAAUACGACCAAUGAUUGUUACGUUGACGAUGUGCUUACGGAGGAGUAUAGUAUAAAAUAAAGUGUAUUUUAAGGAUAGAUCGAGCGAGGGAAUUCACGUUUAAGUUUAUGAUAACGAGUUACGCUGCUGAAUGUGGUUAGUGCGUAUGAAAUACAGAAAUAAAUAAAGGAAGAAUUAGGCGUAUACUACUUUAAUCUACACCAAGCACGACGUUCUCGAAUUGAAUUCGUUUUCUUUUUCUUUUUUUUUUUUUUUCUUUUUUGUCAGAAGAGGCGAAAGAAAAAAAGCGUCAAAAUGGUGGACGAUCAGUCGCGACAUAUUCGAAUAUCGAUAGUAUCAUAUCGUCCCAGAUGAUUUCCGUCCCAAGAUGGGCAAUAAUUACAUCGACGCGCCUGAGAAAAUAAGAAUUUCUGUCCUUUGUUACUCGGAAAAAAGCUCGGAAGAAAGGAAAAAACGAAAGAAAUAAAUUAAAAAAUAAUAUAAAUAAAUAAUAAAAAAGAAAAAAGAAAAUCCGUCGUAUCUCUAGGCGCGUCGUAUUUUUGAAAGGAGUGCUCGAUACUUUAUUUCUUGUCGUCCGUCAUUCUCUCGUUUUUCUUCAAAACUGUCGCAAUCACCAUUUCAAUCUCCUUUUUAUUUUUUACCGUGGAAGACGAACGCGGAACGAAUCGUAGAAUUCGUACCGUCGGUCCUUCGUCGUCUAUUCCGAAAAGUUCCAUCCAAAAGUACAGGAACGCGGCGCGCGCGUGCGCGUUCGCGUUCGGUACUCCCGCCUAACACGGGUAGCCGACAAUGAGUUAAAAUAAUGUAGAUUAUUCGAGAGACUUGCCAGUUUCGUUGCACAGUAAUACACAAAACACAAUGUAGGUUCAGAGGGAAUAAAAAAGAAAAUAUAUUAGCAAGAAAUGUUGAUGCGCGCUACGAAAGGAAAAUCUAUAGAUUACGGAUUAACGAAUGAGUUGCGUAGCUACGUAUUUGAAAAAGUUUCACGAGAUAUCGAUGUGUAUGUAUAUAUUUUAAGUUUGUAUUAUAACUCUCCCCACUUAAUUUGUAUGAAAUGGAGAAUAUCAUUAAAAUGAUGAACGAAAA